GCACGACAUCAUACAUGACGAUUCGAGUCGGCAUCGCUGGCGCUGGCAUCUCUGGCCUCACACUCGCUGGCAUCCUCUCUCGCCGGCUCCCGCACGUGCAUGUGACGGUGCUCGAGCGGGCGCCGGCGGCUCGCGACCAGGGGUAUGGGCUGGACCUAGAUGCAAAUGGCCAGGAGGCGCUUGCGCGAGCCGGCGUCUAUCACAGGUACUGGGACUGCAGCCAGCCUUACUCCGAUCACAUGGCCUUCUUCCGCAUCGGCUCGCACGGUCCUGAGCCCGCCGGGGUCAUGUUCCGACCGGCACUGCUGCGCUGGCUGUUUCCUGCGACAUUUGCGGCACGGCCGGAGACCAACCGGGGCGCGCUGCGUGAUAUCCUGCUCGACGAAAUGGCGACGCGAGCAAACACGGGCGUCGUUUUCGACACGGCCGUGCGCGACGCACGGCUGCACGUGGACGGCGGCUGCGAGCUGUUUGGCGACAGCGGCAAGAGCCACGGCGUGUUCGACCUGAUCAUCGACGCCAUGGGUCUGCAUUCCACUCUCCGGCACCAUCGAGUAGUGGACGCGAGCGGCGGAAAGGCGUUUGGCGGCACGGUCCACAUCCAUGGCGUCAUCAACUCGCCGGAGGCUGCCUGCGGCGCACCGCUGCUGGCACGGCUGCGCAAGUACGGCAGCGUGGCCGGCUACGGGCGCGGAUACCUAAUCUUUUUGCAGCGCUUCGGCGCCGGGUCGAACGACGGGCGCACGUGCUGCUUCUACCAGCUGAACCACCUCGACAGCGCCGAGUCUCUCCUCGACGAGAUCGGCGUCAGCCCACCAAGCUCACGUGCCUCGGGCAUCAUGACCGAUGAACGGCUCGACAAGGUGAAGAGGUGGGUGCUGCAUGACAUGGGCGAGGUCUUCGACGAGUCGUGGCGCGAUGCGAUCCGGAGCCUCGAUCGUGUGACGGCCGACGACGUGGCGCUUCCGCUCGUUUGCAUCGGCGACUCACUGCUCAACUGCGGGCUGGGCGGCGGCGGGAUCCUCGCGAUGCAGGAUGCCAACGAGCUGGCGGCCCUGCUCGAGAAGGAGGGCGCGUUCGACGACGCGGGCAGGCCCGACCUGAGCUCGCUGCGCGCGGCUGAGGGUGCGAUGCUCGCUCGGAAGCAGGAGUUCCACGCAGAAAAGCAGCAGCGCGCGCGCGGGACGUGCGCUCAAGUCGCCGAGCGCGGGCGCGGCCCGACAGAGUGGCCAUUCGAGUUGGACGACCUUGGACUCCCCGGGUGGAAGCUGGGCCUGGCGCGUCUGUUGUUGCCCAGGGUGGCUGCGCUCACCAACGCGUGGUACCGCUGGGACGAGUGGCGGCUGGGCAGGGUGGGCGCGACGCCGUCGACGCCCAUCUACCCGAGUGUGAAGAAGUUGCUCGACUCGGGGGAGGGCAAGUGAGCAAUGGAUGUUGAAACAUGGAAGGCGCCAGACGGGGACGUGGCUCGUGGGUGCAACCAUGCAAAAAUGCGGUGUGCGCGAUGGCGUAUGUAUAGUUGCGGCGCCCCAGCAGCGGCGGCGCCGGCAGCGCAGCGGCGGCGCCAGCCGACAGCUAAGCGGCGGGAACGCUCCUGUCCGCGACGAGCCUGCUGUCGGGCCCCGCCCCCGGCGGACGCGGCUCUUCGAGCAGCACCACCUCGAGGGGCAGACGUGCCGCGCUGAGACGUCGCGUGGAUGCAGGGACGCAAAGCAUACCGGUCGGCGAGGCCAUAGCUUUUGCGACGGCUACCGGCAAGA